AUCACUUCCAUCGUCAUAUACACAACACAAAAUAACAAAACAAAAACAUGGAUUUUGGCAUGGUGAGAGCGUUGCUUGCGGCCCUACUUGUAGUGAGCUGCUUCACAGUCGAAGCAUUGCCCGUCUCUCAACCACCACUCCACCUCCCAAUUCCAACAGAAGCCCCCCCAGCCCAUCCUCCUAGCUACUACCACCACCAUCACCCUCCGGCCGCCGCCCCGGCUCACCCUCCACAUCACCACCACCACCAUCACCACCCUCCUCCUUCUCCUUCCCCUGUCCCAGUUCACCCUCCAGUUUACCCUCCACCCAAAACACCUACUACUCCCCAUAAGCCAGCCACUCCACCUCCAAAGCCAGCCACUCCUGCACCAAAGCCAGCCACCCCACCACCAAAGCCAGCUACUCCCCCACCUAAGCCAUACACUCCUGCGCCCAAGCCAGCUACUCCCCCACCUAAGCCAUACACUCCGGCACCUAAGCCAGUCACUCCUCCACCAAAGCCAGCAACUCCACCCAAAAAGCCAUACAUUCCUGCACCAAAGCCAGCUAUACCUCCCCCUAAGCCAUAUGCACCGCCACCGAAGCCAUCGAGUCCACCGGCUAAGCCACCGGUUCACACACCUUACGUUCUUCCACCAAGGAAGUUUGUUGUUGUUCAAGGCGUUGUUUACUGCAAGCACUGCAAGUACACCGGAGUUGACACUCUAUUGAACGCUACACGAGUCGAAGCUGCCAUUGUGAUAUUACACUGCAAAAACACCAAGUACUCGCUCUUCGCCACAGGCAAAACGGACAAAAACGGCUAUUUCGUAAUCAAGCCAAAGUUCUUGACCACCUAUGGUGUUCACAAGUGCACAGUGUCAUUGCUUAAGUCGCCACUGCCCAACUGCCAGAAGCCUUCCAUGCUCCACGGCGGCGACAAGGGUGGCAUUUUAAGGCCUGAGAUGCCCAAGUUCCCGGUCGACAAACGCGCUGCUGUUUACUACUCGGUCGGUCCAUUUGCUUUCGAGCCCAAAAAAUGCUAUUAAAGAAACAAAAGUUGCAAGCUCUGAAUAUCUGUAAUGGGUUUAUUGAGUUUGUUACUGCGUACGUUGCUUAGGGUUCUGUGUCAUGGUUAGUCUUUUUCUCUUUUUACUUCUUCCAAGUCGUCCUGUAAUGGGCAACCUGAUAUGUCAAGUACUGUGUUUAUUCACGCGGGUUACAACGAUGAUAAUAAAUUAUUGUGGUAGUUCAUAGUAA